AUGACUCAAUUCUUAUUCAAAAUUUUGUUGGUUUGCACAAUAAUCAAUGAAUUUGAUACACUGAAUAUAUUAUUCUAUGUUCCUACAUUAUCCCAUAGUCAUAUCUCAUUCAAUACAAAAUUGGCUCAACUUCUUGCUACUUCUGGUCAUCAGGUUACGAUAUACCCAAAAUUGCGAAAAAUUCUCCCGAAUGUUUUCUGAUACACCAAUUCCACACGAAGAACUUAUUGAAUGGAGGAUCAGACAAGCAGCAAAGCCAUCAAGAAAAGCUUUUGCAAAACACCUUCGACCCAAAGAGCCCGACUUUUCAUAUUUGAAACUUGGUGUUCUCAUUAUUCCAGCCAUGAUACUCUACACAGAACAUCGGUUUUCAAUAUGGACGUAA